UGGUACAGUGGAGCAUUUUGUACAGUGGAGCAUUUUGUCUCGUCUGUCUCUCGAGCGCCGGAGUCCCAGACUCUUCCAGAAGCGUCAGGAGAGCCGGACGCUGUCAGCAAUGGCGGAGAAGCUGGCCCCCGAGAAGCGUCACGCCUUCGUGCACAACGGGCAGAAGGUGUUCGAAUGGGACCAGACGCUGGAGGAGGUGAACAUGUACAUCGAGCUCCCCAAGGGCGUGCCCACCAAGCUCUUCCGCUGCACCAUCCAGGCGGGCCACGUCGAGGUCGGCAUCCGCGGCAACCCGCCAUACCUCAACCACGACCUGACGCACCCCGUGAAGACGGACUCUUCGUUCUGGACGAUAGAGGAUGGUGAGAUGCAUAUCACACUGCAAAAAAGAGAGAAGGGCAAGACAUGGUCAUCUCCCAUACAAGGGCAAGGUAUCUUGGAUCCAUAUGCAGCAGAUCAAGAGCAAAAACGGCUUAUGCUGCAAAGGUUUCAAGAAGAGAACCCCGGGUUCGACUUUUCACAGGCUCAGUUCAGUGGAACCUGCCCUGACCCAAGGACCUUCAUGGGAGGGAUACGCUCGGAGUGAAGGUUCCUUGCUGAACCACAUUUUCUCCCUAUGCUCCUGGCGCCACUCCGAGCAUCUUUGUUAGAUGCAUACCAGUUCAUUAUGUAAAUUGGUUGGUGUUUACCCUUCAAAUAAUGAUGGUGUGACUGUGUAACCCCAUUCAUGACUCCUGUAAGUUCAUCAGCUGACUGUAAGUUCCCUGAAUUGGGCUACCAGUGUAAAUGGUAACUAUAUAUAGUCGUGAUCAUCACCGGUGCUCA